UUGAAACAGUUGUACGAGUUGUCUGAUGACCCGAAGAGGAAAAAUUUCCUGGAUGAUUUGUUUUCCUUCAUGCAAAAAAGAGGAACGCCAGUGAAUCGCAUCCCAAUCAUGGCCAAGCAGACGUUAGACUUGUACGAGUUGUUUCAGUUGGUAGUGUCAAAGGGAGGCCUGGUGGAGGUGAUCAACAAAAAGUUGUGGAGGGAGGUGACCAAGGGACUCAAUCUUCCUUCCUCCAUCACCAGCGCCGCAUUCACACUCAGGACUCAGUACAUGAAGUAUUUGUACCCGUACGAAUGCGAACGUUUGAAGUUGAGUACGUUGAGCGAACUUCAGUACGCUGUCGAUGGAAACAGA